GGUGGAGGAGGGGUAAACAGCGAUAAGCCAAAUGCCUUGGUGUGUUCCUGCAUCCUGGUAUCUCGGAGCCUCCAUCCUGCUCUACAAGUACCCGGACUCAAAACAGGAAAUUGAGUAUGAGCACAGUUGAAGAAGUGUCUGGCACCGUGAAAGUACAAACCAGGAACUCUCUCACUCUUACCCAGGACCUUGACGGAAACCUAAUCCUCCAUUGUCCACAGAAUGAGACAGAUGAAGUAGUCUCUGAAGAAAUUGUUGGACCCCCUACCAAGAGACUGUGUUUGACACCUGAACAUGAGCACAGUAUUACCGAGACUACACCCUGUAUAUCUGUCGUGGCACUGCCAUUGUCUGGAAAUGACAGUAGUUUCGAGGUAACAAUGACCGCAACCACAGAAGUGGCUGAUGAUGACUUGAAUGAGGACUCCAUCACGCAGAUCCAGAUUCUCCAGAAUGAACAACACGAUGACAUUUCUCCCACCGGCAAUGAAGAGGCAUCGGCAGUCAGUCGAGCCUGGUUCACUAGCAAAGAAGACAAAGAUACUCUUACCAAUAAAGGUCACAGAUGGAAGCAAGGCAUGUGGUCCAAAGAGGAAAUUGCGAUCUUAAUGAACAACAUUGAUCAGUACUUAAAGGCACAUGGCAUUAAAGAUGCAACAGAGAUUAUUUUUGAGAUGUCCAAAGAUGAGAGGAAAGACUUCUAUCGAACAAUAGCUUGGGGUUUGAAUCGCCCCCUGUUUGCUGUGUACAGGAGAGUUCUGCGCAUGUAUGAUGAUAGGAACCACGUGGGAAAAUACACACAUGCAGAAAUUGAAAGACUUCGAGAACUGCGAGUGAAGCAUGGGAAUGAUUGGGCAACGAUAGGAGCUGCUCUUGGAAGGAGCGCCUCAUCUGUGAAAGAUCGCUGCCGUCUGAUGAAAGAAACCUGCAGAACUGGGAAGUGGACAGAUGAAGAAGAGAGAAGGCUAACGGAGGUUGUCCAUGAGCUCACUGGCACUGAAGCAGGAGAUAUAGUAACACAAGGAGUGUCUUGGGCAUUAGUGGCUGAACGAGUGGGAACACGGUCAGAAAAGCAGUGUCGCUCUAAGUGGUUAAAUUAUUUGAACUGGAAGCAGAGCGGUGGCACUCAGUGGACCAAAGAAGAUGAAAUCAAUUUGAUCCUGAGAAUAGCAGAGCUCGGUGUGGAAGAUGAAAAUGACAUAAACUGGGAUAUAUUGUCAGAAGGAUGGAGCAGUGUUCGCUCACCACAGUGGCUCAGGAGUAAAUGGUGGACUGUCAAGCGGCAGAUUGGAAAUCACAAGGAUGUAUCAUUCCCUGUGUUAAUUAAAGGCCUGCGACAGCUGCAUGAAAACCAAACGUCCCUCCUGGGUGCUGAGGAGCUGGGCAGCAAAGUGGAUAUCCAGUCCCAAAGUGGUAAUCCCAACAUUCAGCAUGUCCAGAUCAGACUAGCUCAUUUGGAGGACAGCCCAGGUCAUCCUCAAAGUUCCAUGGCAACCUUACAGAUACCUGUACAGAUUACACAUCUACCCUCAUCAGACUCAUCCUCCUCCACAGUUGAUCCAGAGACAAUAACACUAAACAGCAGUGCCCUGCAGACAUUUGAGAUCCUCCCAUCAUUUUUCCUGCAGCCAAGUGGUACCACUGGCACCUUCAUCCUCCAGACGGCAUCAAGCCAAAGUCUUCCAUUAUCAUUAACUACAAGCCCAGCAGUGACACUGGCAUCCAACUCAUCUCCAGCAUCUCCAGAACAAAUAAUUGUGCAUGCCUUAUCUCCUGAACACGUACUCAACACUAGUGACAAUGUUACAGUCCAUUGCCAUACACCUGGCAUUAUAAUUCGCACUGUGGCAUCAGAAGAGACCACUUCACCUUUGGCUCUGGCAGAUCAUACCAUUGAUUCAGACAUGCAGCAAGAUGUUAUUAGGAAUCCCCAAAGUGCUUUGGAAGUGGACUCAUUUUCCCAGGAGAUCCAUCAUACUGCCAUGCACACCGACCAUGAGUCUUUGUACUGCUCUGAGCAAUCUUUACAGCCAAGGAUGCAAAGCAGCAUAAAACUGAUGCAUCAUGUUGGAAAAGCUGAGGAAAUAUCAGAGGAAGACUCACAGCCGAAUGACAGUGACAUUUCUUUGUCUGACAACUACGUUAAAGAAGGGCUUAGGCCUACUGCAUUAGAGGAACAAUGUGAGCAGCUUUCCACCCAAGAUGGAACUGUGCUCAUUGGUCCAUCCUCACACAGUUACAUUCAGGCAGGAGAUAUUGAUGGAGAGCCUGUGCUUCCUCUGACAACACUAGCAGAUCCUAUUCUGCAUCACCAUGGUGAUAGAACAUGUCUCAAUGGCUCAUCAUUGGAUGGACCAGACUCAGAUGAUUCAAAAGAUGAAGACCUUUAGCAGCGUCAGUCAUUCCAGUUCACCGGUCCUUUUGU